AAACAAUCAAGCACUUAUGCACUGUUAACAUGUCCUUUUCGUAUUCCAAGAAGCAGAAAGGAUUGAAAACAUAUUCCCGACAGACAAGAUCUUGCAUUCGACCCGAAAAUGACGCCCCGAUUGCGAAAAGGCGGCGUAUAGAAGUGCACGAAGAUCAAAAUGCAGCGAUAGAAGUUGGUGUGAAAUUCCAAAACUCGCUUGCUGAAUCUACACGAGCCAGUAGACGGAUUCAGAUUGCUGGAACAGACGAUCGCCCACUUGAUGCGACAAGAAAGCUGGACGAAGACUGCGACGGAAAUGCACCGAAGGACGAAUUUUCCUCUCAUAUCUCAUCAGAUCUGGUUGGCGCACCAACUUCCGACGGAGAAGAUGGAGGCCGCCUGUCCAGUUUUGACGGCCUCGCAGCCACAGAGCUUCAAGACUCAACUUUGACGACACCACCUUCAUCGCCGCCGCCAAUUAUUCCGAUUGACAUGAAUAUCCGAAAGAUUUGGAAGCCAAUGUUUUCAGCUGUCCGACGAAGGAGCGGUAAUGAUAUCGGAGCAAGGAAAUCCCAAGCACAAAGUACGCAAGCAAAUUUACUUGGCGUUGCCCACACCGAUGCACGUUCUUCCAAGAUAUCAAAGGGAAAAAGGCAAUCAAAUCUUAUCCAAAUGCAAAUAGACGUUGGUAUAGAAACGAGGAGGACGUGCAAAGCUUGUGGAAUGGACUACGUCCCGUCCAGCGCGGAGGAUGAUGCGCUACAUAAAAGAUACCAUGCAUCCCAAUUGGGGGAUGGCAUUGAUUUCGGCAAAGGCUCUACAAAAUGGCCCGAAUCUAACAGGAUCUGGGAGAGCGCACAGUUCUCAGCAAAGGCAUCUGCAGAACGAUCAACCGGUUUGCGCCAAAAUAGCACUGUGGACUACGUGGUAGUCGUCGAUCAGAGAAGCUCAUUUGCGGAGAAGAGAAAAGCAAGAAAGGCUCUAGACAUUGUCACCUCAGAGCUUUCUGCCGUUAGCAUUGAUGAAAGGACAUUAUGGGGCACGUCAAAAAAAGAAACGCCAUCAUCUUGCGGAAGACGACCGAUGGGAUUUGCAAAUGACAUGUGCAGCGCAGAAACGAGUACGGAUCCAACGGAGCUCUCAUCUUCCGAUAGCGAGCAAGCUCUUGAGAGUAUUAUUGGUGGCGAUCGCUACAAAAUCUAUCUUUAUAUGAGCGGUGAUAAAUGCGUUGGUCUAUGCCUUGCGGAGAGAAUUGCCGGGGCGUACCAAGUGCUCGAUGGCCAAGACGAGGUUGUCCCGCAGAAACAAGAGACUUGUUCGAAACUGCCGACGCCCAUUCCAUCUUCCCCAACCACAAAUGCAAAAUCAUCUUUGGCCAGCGCGAUAUCACGCGCAGAUAUUCAACAGUCUUCAAAUGAUAUGAGCCGAGAAGAAAUUACGCCGCCAAUCCUUCCGCGCGAUCUAGAGGAGCAGCAUUCUGAUCCGAGCCCAAACUCUGCAGGUCCAGAAUCUCCUAAGCGCGUAAUAACAUCGAAGAGCUCCUCCAUCUCCAUCAGUGCAAAACCUACUUCAGCAGUUCUUGGCAUUUCACGAAUCUGGACAUCACGCUCUCAUCGAAGACACGGCAUCGCGGCCACACUCCUCGAUUGCGCAAGAGACCGAUUUAUCUAUGGCAUGAAGAUACCCAAGGACUUGAUUGCAUUCAGUCAACCUACCGAGAGCGGUGUAAGAUUAGCGGAGAAUUGGUUCGGGAAAGACAAAAGAUGGCAUGUAUAUCGUGAAGAUUAG